AUGGCCGUCGCCUCGACGCCGCUCGUCGCGGCACCAUCGUGCCCGGCCUGGGCGAAGGCCGAAGCGUCGUCGAGGGCCCCGGCCGCAGUUCGACGGCGAGCCCCGACGGCCGCGCGCAGCACCGCCGACCUGACUGAAGCGCCUGGCGACAGCCGCUCGGGUGCGAGCGAAACGAGCAGGAGAGCCGCUGCGUGCAAGCGCGAUCAGCAGGCGCGCGACCAGCGCCGGCGGCAGCGUGCUCAGCACGACCGGCGCGCGGCGCCGGCGGUCGCCAAGACCGUGCGCCCGCAGCUCGGCCAGUGCGGCUGCCCCGCACAUGCCGUCUGCGGCAUGUGCGUCGACCAGGGCAAGCUCGCCGCGGCCGAGCAGGCGGCGGUCGACCUCGAGACGCAGUUCCACGCCUCGACCAACGUCGUCAUGGACCUCGAGCGGCCCGAGGACGAGACGGCGGCGCUGCUGCAGCGCUGCGUGCACAAGUGUGUGGAGUGCAUGGAGGUGCAGGUGUAG